UUAAGAAGUCCUGCAAAAAAACUUUGUUAUGCAAAACAACCUGCGGACCUGGAUGUGUUGGACUGCUGGGAUUACAAUCUGCUGGCUGCGCGCCAACACGCACAGUUGAUGACCGGCGGUUGGAAAUAUAGGUUUGUUCCUGCGCGCACACGCCCAUCAUCCAGACAUGCUUUGCUGUUAAACAUCCGAUUGUGACCUAUUAAGUACAGCAGUGCAAGCAAGGGAAAUUUUGCCACUUUUUGAAGGAUUUUUCAUGCGGACAAAAUCUGCAGAAAUACUCAGACCACAUCAUGUUUGACUUCAUGGAAUUUCAAGUUUUCGGUCCCGGAGAAAUCAUAGACUUAUACUCUACUUCCAGCCCUGCCUGCACACUGCAGGAGCAGGAACAGGAGCAGGAUUUGGCAGCUUUCUUCCCGGAGCUGAUCGAGUCGGACUGGCAGGAGCAUCGCUGCUCUCAAUCUGUGGAAAGCCAGAGCUCCAACUCCAGCUCCAGCUCAGAUGACCUGUUCGCCAGCCCCCCCUCCCCACCUCCACCUCCUCGUACUUACAAGCCCUGCUUUGUGUGUCAAGACAAGUCCUCAGGCUACCACUAUGGAGUCAGCGCCUGCGAGGGCUGCAAGGGCUUUUUCCGCCGCAGCGUGCAGAAAAACAUGGUGUACACCUGUCACCGUGACCGAAACUGCAUCAUCAACAAGAUCACCAGGAACCGCUGUCAGUACUGCCGCCUGCAGAGGUGCUUUGCUGUGGGAAUGUCCAAAGAGUCGGUGAGAAACGACAGAAACAGGAGGAAGGGGAAACAAGAGGCGGUGAAGAUGACCAUCAUGGAGACGUACGAGUUGACGGCCGAGCUCGGCCUGAUUGUGGAGAAGAUUUGCAGGGCUCACAGAGAGACCUUCCCUUCCCUUUGCCAGCUGGGAAAAUAUACCACAAACUCUAGCUCAGACCACAGGAUCCAGCUGGACCUCGGUCUCUGGGACAAGUUUAGCGAGCUCGCUACCAAGUGCAUCGUCAAGGUGGUGGAGUUUGCCAAACGAGUGCCUGGUUUUACCGGCCUGACCAUCGCUGACCAGAUCACCCUGCUCAAAGCUGCGUGCCUUGACAUCCUGAUCUUGAGGAUUUGCACUCGCUACACUCCUGACCAAGACACCAUGACCUUCUCUGAUGGGCUAACUCUGACCCGCACCCAGAUCCACAACGCAGGAUUCGGACCACUGACAGAUCAGGUUUUCACCUUUGCAGGGCAGCUGCUGCCCCUGGAGAUGGAUGAAACGGAAAGCGGGCUCCUUAGCGCCAUCUGCCUCGUCUCUGGAGACCGGCAGGACUUGGAGGAGCCAUCUAAGGUUGAGGUGCUGCAAGAGCCACUGCUGGAGGCGCUGAAGAUCUAUUCACGUAAACGACGGCCCAGCAUGCCCCUCAUGUUCCCCAAGGCCCUCAUGAAGAUCACUGACCUACGCAGCAUCAGUGCUAAAGGAGCCGAGCGAGUGGUGACGCUAAAGAUGGAGAUCCCAGGCUCCAUGCCUCCACUGAUCGAGGAGAUGCUGGAAGAUUUGCAGAGCCUGGAGACUAGUCAGCACACACACAGCAUCCCCUCUCAGCACAUGGACUCCUCUAGUUUCUCACUUUGAAGCUGCACAAAGGACUUUUUUUUCUUUCUGAGAGAGAUCACUAACAGUAUAAAGUGCAGAUGCAGUUCAGAGGGUCAUUAGUGUUUUACCUCAGUUAUGGUCCAGUGAUCCAAGAGAUUGAUCUCCAUAUUUAAAAAGGAGAUUUUAGCCAUCACGUUAACUUUGCAGGUUAAAGAGAGGCUAGCUUCUGUGAGCUCAAAUCCUGUUUCAAAGGAGCGGAAAAAGUUAGAUUUAUGCAGUAAUAAAUAUCUUAAUCUUGGUUUCUGUUCACCUGCAACAUGGUCAAAAGCACCUCAUAACCACUGAGAAUCACUCUCAGCCUUUCCUUCCUGUACUUGGUUUUUACUCUAUUUAUACUUGCAUGAGUUACCACUUGGAUUAAUUUUACCUCAUUAAAUAAAAUAUUUAGCUUUAGUUAUAGGCAGAGAAGAAACAUAUUUUUUUUUUCUAUAGUUUUUUUUUAAUAAUAUUUUGUCAAAACUUACUGGUACAUGUGUGAGAGGAAAAGGGAAAUGCAAAAACUUACCCACACUAAUGUAGCUGAGUUGAUAGAGGAAGCAGGAAAAUGUAAGUAACAAAUGAAAACAUUAAAAUAGUGUUGUAUGUAUCACUUUGUUGCUCAGUGAAUGUCAGAUUUCCAGAUAAUGGAAAGUGAAAGAGUUAUGGCACUGUUAGUCAACUAAUAAUAAUACACAACUUUAUCAUCUCCUUAAACUUAAUCCAUGAAAAAAGAAAUUAUUCCAGAUUGUUAUGAAGAAUUUCUGUCUGCCAUUUGUGGAUAUGGAAGUCGUUUAUAUACUGAAAAGGUAUAUUUGUUGAUGUUUAAUGAUGAUUAUGUGAACAUUUUUAGAAGAAACUGGUCUUCUCCAUUGCUGCACUGUGCUAGUGUUACGUUCUAGUGCUAUAGUCCAAACACUUCUACCUUUUUUUGUAGUGAUAUCAUCAGGUAAAAUAUAUUAUUAUUCCCUUUCCCCCCACUUUUAUUUUAAAAAAGAAAAGCAUUUUUAAUG